AAUCUAUGGUUGCAGUGCAAAUCACAGCCACAGCAAAAAAAGCAACAAGAAACAUUACAAAACUGUCAAAAUGUCGGUCAACCAAAUGCAUCUCGCUAAUCUUGAUACGAAAAAAAAUGGUAAAAAUUUAAAACCCUUAUUUCCUAAACAAGCGGAGUGCUCUUAUGUGUCCUGCUAUUGUGAAGAAAAUGUUUGGAAGCUUUGUCAAGAUGUGUCAGUAAGAGUUCCUGAAGAAUUGGAUAGAUGCUUUGUUGUUUUUAUUUCCAACCCCUGUCGCACCGUGCCUUUGUGGAAACAAAGGGCUGGGCGCGAAGAGGAUCGUCUCGUCAUAUGGGAUUACCAUGUUAUAUUCUUGUAUUCCAUUGAUUCAAAAACAUGCCUAGUGUAUGAUUUAGAUUCAGAGCUUCCAUUCCCAACAUUCUUCCACAAAUAUGUCACAGAAACUUUUCGUACUGACCAAGUUCUGAAGUCUGAUUUUCACAGGUUCUUCAGAGUGGUGGGAGCAAAAAGCUUUUUGCAACAUUUUUCUUCAGACAGACGUCACAUGAAGCGACCAGAUGGAUCUUGGAUUAAACCUCCACCACCAUAUCCUGCGAUAUGCACCUCAGCAUCCACUCACAAUCUAGAUGAAUACAUUAACAUGGAUGCAGACACUGGCCCAGGACAGGUUUUUAAUCUAACAGAUUUUGUACAACGCUUCUACAAGAUAGAUAAGUAAAAGUCCAGAAUAACAUGUUAGAUAGAUAAAUAUUAUUUAUAAAAAUUUAUAUGAACAAAUAUUUUGUUGCUUGUUUUGUUGAUUAUGUUUUAAUAAUCCUUGAUAUUCAUAUUAAUGUUUUACAUAUUUAUGUUGAGAUUGUCAAAAGUAUUAAUUAGUGGAUGUUUGAAAUAACUUGAGUACACAUUAGUACUCAAUGAUAACAUAUUUACAUAUUAAAGUUUUUUUUUUAAAAAAAAAAAAAGAUAUUUGGCAUUUAAAAAAUCAAACAGUUAAUGUUGUUUUCAGUAUGUUAUAUGAUUAAUAUAUAGAGCUAUAUUUUGUAUAUUAAUCACUGAAAAAUCUAUGGACUUAGAUAGAUAUAUAAUACAGACAUUAACAUACAGAUGUAUGUUUGCAUUAAAUUUAUUUUUAAUGCUUUAACAAUGAUUAUCAAAUACAAAAAUAUGGCUAUUGUUUUAUUUAUUCUAACUCAAAAAAUUCAAUUCAAUUGAACUAUAAAUUUGGAAUAAAAAUGUUGUAUUUAGUUAUUUAUUAUAAUGUGUCAUUUUUCACAAAUAAUAGCACCAAUAGUAAAAUAUUUUAAUAUUCACACCUUCCAAUAUGUGAUUUUAUGCACCAACACUCAUUGUUACAAUAUGUAUAAGGCCAAUAAAAUUGUUAUGUAGCAGCCUUAUUAUAACUUUUCUAUGUUAGCAUUAUUUAAAUAUCUUCCAAAAGUAAAAAAAAAUUAUAAUGUAUUAAAUUGUUAUUGCAUUUU